AUCAUAUAAUCCUUUCUGUCUCUUCAUUCAUGUUUCCAAUGGCUGGUCGACUGACUUCUGCUCAGCGUAGCAGCAUGAAGCCAGUGGCUGUUAACUCUGCUGCACCCAGAGAGGAGACUGACAGGCGGCCUCUCCCCCCCGGAUGGAGCAGCUACGAGUCACCUGAGGGACUGAAGUAUUACGUCAACAGCUGCAGUAAAGAAACAACAUGGCGACAUCCCUCUUCGUCAGCCGAAGCCCCACAGGGACCGCUGGCACGGCAAAACUCCUCACCAUAUGCCGCUGGAUGCCCCAACAGCAAAAAAAACAGUCAACCUACAGAGAAACCAGAUGUUUCUAUAAGGAAACCUUCAAUUUACAGACAGCCCCCCGGCUCCGUUUCUCCGGCUAAAAGGCAGAUCAAGGAGGUCAAGGAGACCAAGAUCACUAUCAACUGUGUGACUUUCCCUCUUCCUGGAGAAGGUCCGGAGCAGCAGCUCCUCAAGCCCAACGAAUGGAGCUACUGCGAUUACUUCUGGGCCGACAAGAAAGACCCCCAGGGGACCACCUCUGUAGCGGGCUUCGAGGUCCUGCUGCAGAAGCAGCUGAAAGGCAAACAGCUGCAGAAAGAGAUGGCCGAGUUUAUCCACGAGAGGAUAAAGAUUGAAGAGGAAUAUGCCAAGAACCUCUCCAAGCUCUCUCUGAGCCCCCUGGCAGCACAGGAGGAAGGGACUCUUGGAGAGGCUUGGACUCAGCUGAAGAAGAGUCUCCACGACGAGGCAGAAGUUCACCUCAAGUUCUCCAACAAGCUGCACUCGGAGGUGGAGAAACCAUUGCUGACAUUCAGAGGCGACAACUUCAAGAAGGACCUGAAGAAGUACGACCAUCACAUCGCAGACCUCAGGAAGCAGCUGGCGAGCCGCUACGCCAGCGUGGAGAAGGCUCGUAAAGCUCUGGCAGACCGGCAGAAGGAUCUGGAGGUGAAGACCCAGCAGCUGGAGAUCAAACUCAGCAACAAGACGGAGGAGGACAUAAAGAAGGCUCGGCGGAAAUCCACACAAGCAGGAGACGACCUGAUGCGCUGCGUCGACCUCUACAACCAAACCCAGUCCAAGUGGUUUGAAGAAAUGGUCACCACCAGCAUGGAGCUGGAGAAACUGGAGGUCGAGCGGGUCGAGUGGAUUCAGCAGCAUUUACGCCAGUACACGACUCUGCGGCAUGAAACAGACAUGUUCAACCAGAGUACGGUGGAGCCGGUCGACCAGCUGCUGCAGAACGUGGAUCCAGCCAAAGACAGAGAGCUGUGGGUGAAAGAGAACAAAACCAGCGAGGUCCGGCCCGUGGACAUGGACAUAUAGACCGUCCUGACGUCCCGUCUCAAGUAUUAGCGCGUCCACAAAGUCGCAGAACACGUCUGAUAACACUGGUCCGGGGACGGUGCAUGUUCAGACUCUCUGACCGGAACAACUCGGAGGAAAGGUUCAAACUUAAUGCAGUCUAAGUCCAGGAAACAGUGACGGAUCAAAGUACCAGCAUGUUCCUUCUAAAUUUUAACCCUUAAUCAUAAUCAACAUUAGCUUAUUGAAUGCCAUUUCACAUAUUCUGCUGUUUACCUGUUGUAAAGUUGAGACUAUUAAAAAAAAAAAAAAAGAUACGUAUUUUAAAUUGUUUAGUUUAGCUUCAAUCAACACUUUUUCCAGUUUGAGAAACAAAAAACUAAAAAAGGAAAAUGUCUAACUAUUGAUAUUACCUUUAUUUUAGAUACUGAAGCUUAUUGAUAUUGAACUUAGAAUGAAUAUGAUAUAUUUUCAUAUUUUGCUGGUUCAUUUCGGUGGAGAUGCAUGUUUUGAAUAUGUUGCUUUUACUGUCUAUGGAGAGCUGCACAGUUGUGGAACCACGAUGGUUGUUUUUGGUAUAGUUCAUUGAAUUUACACAAGGUAUUCUGUAUCUUGUAAUAACUUAGGAGGUUGCUCAUGAAAAAACAAAAAAACAAAAACACGUAUUAGCAUUAAUAGAAUCCAGUAACCUCAGUUGUCCAGAAACACACGACAGUGUUUUUUGGAAUUCGAUUACCACAUGUCCCAACACAUGGUCGAUCAGAUUUAGGCCGGGGUCUAUUUUGGAUCAGAGCGGAGGUUAGAGACGGUCCAAGUCACACUGAAACACCUGUUAGUGCCUAACGGUUAUAUACCUGGAAUGUUCUUGAUAUAUUCUUCUCUGCAUCAGUGUACAUUUGUACAUAGUGGCUAGAUGUAUUUUGCCGUCUGAUGUUGUAAGCGGUCGCGGACGUUCGGGCCGACGAGGUGUUUGCACUGUGCAAUGUUGUUUGUUCUUAUUUUUGGUAAAUGUACAGAGAAUAUCUUUGCGGUGGUGUUCAGUGACGGGCCAUGUUAUUGGGAAAAAAGAGAACUUUUAUCGGAGACUGCAUGUACAGUACGUGUCUGUGUUUACAUGUGUGUGUCUGUCUGUCGUCCUUACAUUUUGUUGUGGUCUAGUUGUUCUGUGUUUAUUUGGGUUGUCACCUUUUUUUUUUUCUUUUUUUUUAAACAAUGAAAUAACAAAGAUCUUGAUCCAGCUGACAGACACGACAAAAAAUAAAAAAAAUAAAAAAAAUGCAAUGUGAAAAUAAAUCUAUGCUUAACAGCCUUACGAAAAACACACUGCUCAUCUUUAUUUGAAUCAGGUGAACUGCAGCACAUCCAGACUUUGCUUUACACGGCUUCAUGCACACGUUUUGAAUAGCGUAUCUGUUGUAGAGGUUUUAUCAGUGUGUGUCAAUGUUGUGCACUAAGUGUUAUGGCGAGUUAUUACGUUCUAAAUGUUCUUGACAUGAAUCGACGAUGACGUGCCGGUUGAGUUAACUGCCCCUCUGUGGUGAACGUUUUUCAUUAACGUGCAUUAAAUCCAAUGUUCCCGAUGUUUUAAGGAUGUUUGAUCAUAGAUGACCUCUGUCCAGGCGGUGUACUGAGGAAUGCAGUGUUCAAAAUAAAUCUCCUCUUUCAAAA